AUGGACGCGCGGAGCCCCAAAGCCCCGGGCGGGGACGCGCUGCGGGACGCGGCAGAAAACCUAUUUCAGGAACUUCAAGAACAUUUUCAAGCUCUAACUGCAACUCUGAACCUCAGAAUGGAAGAAAUGGGAAAUCGCAUCGAAGAUUUACAGAAGAAUGUGAAUGACUUAAUGGUGCAAGCUGGGAUUGAAAAUUCUAUUAAAGAACAAAUGUCAAUCUGGUCACAGCAGUGA